UGCUGGGUAAAGAAGAUGUUGCGUCCAGAUUGGCGGUGGCUUUGCCUCGGACUGUACAGCCUCCUGCUGAGACAGGCGGAGGCCCCGAGCCCUGUGGAGCCGCCGGAGCGGAGCCGGCCGUAUGCGGUGCUGCGUGGGCAGAACCUGGUGUUGAUGGGAACUAUUUUCAGCAUCCUGCUGGUGACCGUGAUCCUUAUGGCAUUUUGCGUCUACAAGCCCAUUCGGCGCCGGUGAUGGCCAAGCCAGCCCUCCCACGAGCAUUUGGGAGCAGAAUAAGUUGUGUUGCACAUGGGUCAGUGGAGAAGGUGGAAUCAGAACUUAACUGCUUGGAAACGAUCAUCGGUCUGGACAGUUGGUAAAUGCUGAAUGAUUUAGAAAAAACAUUUAGCCAUUAUCUUAUCCUAACACUGUAAUGCAAGUAUUUGGCCACUUGAGCCUGCUUCUCAGUGUUUCUUUUUAUAUCCGGCUGUACCUGCUGAAAGUAAAACCUGAAGCUUCAAGGUUCAGGGUAAAGAUGGAGUGUUCACAAGAAAGAAAACAUGACUUUGAGUGAUGUAAAAGCCACACUGGAAAGGAAUAAUCAUUAACGCUUGAAAAUAUUAAGAAGAGUAAGACUUAACAUGUAGACAUUCCCUGCUUAAGAACCAUUUGGUCACAACGGGUUAAGAAUCCCAAAUGUUUUUUAAUUAUCCCGAGUUGGCCUAGAUGCCCCAUUUGCAAAGCAGUGUCAGCUGCGGGGAACAUAGGCCGCCACUCCUCACUCUGCACGGAGCACUGCACUCAGACGCCCCCACUGAAGUCGGGGUCACAGCAGCUAGGCCUGUGACCACGGGCACCCUUGGGCUGGAAGGCACUGGGGGUGGCUGGAAGUGUUAGCACUUGGCCCAUCUUUAAAAGAAUUGGUCCCACUCAAACACAUUGAUCUCCUUGUCCUGGACUUAAGUCUUCCCAGCCCUUGGCCUAGAAGUCAGGGCAGCUUUUUUUU